AUGUACAGAGUCACGGUUGUUGUCCUUCUCUGGGCCGUGGCAACAUGCUCUGAAACAGAAAAUCUUCCUGAAGCGAUUAGUGAAGCCGGAUUUAAAAAAUGCAAUGAUGCUUUAAAACUGCCCAUUUUGGAGGUUCUCCCUGGAGGAGGCUGGGAUAAUCUGCGGAAUAUAGACAUGGGGAGGGUGUUGGAGUUGACAUAUACCAACUGUAGGACCACAGAGGAUGGACAGUACAUCAUCCCUGAUGAAGUCUUUACCAUUCCUCAGAAACAGACCAACCUGGAGAUGAACUCAGAGAUCCUAGAAUCCUGGGUGAAUUACCAGAGCACCACUUCAUUUUCCAUUAACAUGGAUCUCUCCCUGUAUUCCAAAGUCAAUGGCAAGUUCUCCCCUGAGUUUCAAAGGAUGAAGACCAUUCAAGUGAAGGACCAAGCUGUCACUAGCAGAGUUCAGGUAAGAAACCUGUUGUACAUAGUCAAAACCAGCCCAGCAUCAGAACUCAGCCUGGGAUUUAAGAAGGAGCUCAUAGAAAUCUGCAGCCACCUGGAGAACAACAAUGUAAGGAUGGCAAACUACCUGGCAGAACUCCUGGUCCUCAACUAUGGCACUCACGUCAUCACCAGUUUGGAUGCGGGAGCUGUGCUUGUUCAGGAGGAUUACAUCAGGUCCUCAUUCUUUAAGGACAGCAAGAGCAGCCACGCCUCUGUGACUGCAUCUGCAGGGGUUACCUUCUCUACGGUAGUUAACUUUCAGCUUGAUCAGGACUACAAAUCUCAGAAUGACUUGACCAAGAGCUACCUUGCAAACAGAACCAACUCCAGGGUACAGAGCAUUGGUGGGGUUCCUUUCUACCCAGGCAUCACCUUUCAAGUCUGGCAGGAAGGCAUUACCAACCACCUAGUAGCAAUAGAUCGUGUUGGCUUGCCCCUGCAUUUCUUCAUCAAGCCUGACAAGCUUCCUGGUGUGCCAAGCCCCUUGGUGGAGAAGCUGUCUAAGACAGUGGAAUCUGCUGUGAGACAAUAUUACAACUUUAACACCUACCCUGGCUGCACAAAUGUCGACUCCCCCAACUUCAACUUUCAAGCCAAUACAGAUGAUGGCUCUUGCGAUGGGAAAACAAACAAUUUCACUUUUGGAGGCGUUUAUCAGGAAUGCACACAGCUCUCAGAGAGUGACGUUGACCUCUGCCAAAACUUGGAGCAGAAGAAUCUGCUCACUGGUAAUCUCUCCUGCCCCUCUGGCUACUCCCCAGUCCAUCUACUGACUCAGAACCACGAGGAGGGUUUCAAUCGCCUGGAAUGUAAAAAGAAGUGCACCCUCAAAAUCUUCUGUAAGACAGUGUGUAAAGAUGUGUUCCGGGUAGCAAAGGCUGAAUUUAGGGCUUUUUGGUGUGUGCCUAAUGGCUCAGUAUCUGAAAACUCAGGACUUCUUUUUGGGGGUGUCUUCAGCUCCAAGAGCGUCAACCCCGUGACAAAUGCACAGUCCUGCCCAGCUGGCUACAUUCCACUGAGCCUUUUUGAGAGCCUCAAGGUGUGUGCUUCUUUGGACUAUGAACUGGGGUACAAGUUUUCUGUCCCCUUUGGUGGUUUCUUCAGCUGCUCUGUGGGGAACCCCUUGGUGAAAUCUGCUAUAUCUGGGGACUUAGGGCAACCAGCUCUACAAAAGUGUCCAGGGGGCUUCAGCCAACAGCUAGCCCUUAUCAGUGAUGGAUGCCAAGUGUCCUACUGUGUCAAGUCUGGCAUUUUUACAAGAGGGUCCCUGCACCCUGUCAGGCUCCCUCCUUAUACCCAGCCACCCCUCAUGAGUCAGGCUGCUAAUGAUGCUGAUAUGGUGACCAACAGUGAGAGUGUCAGAUCCUGGGUUAAGGACCCUGAGACCCACCAGUGGAAGCUGGUAGAGUCGGUGGAGGUGAGCAGAAGUGGUGGGUUGCGAGGGUCAGCUGUGGGAGCCAUAAUUGGGGCUAUCAUGGCAAUGGGAGUUGUUAUUGCCUUGGCCUUUUAUGCCACCCAGAAGUACAAGAAGGUCCUCCAGCAGAGGACGAAUUUCAGUGUACAGUCUGCAAGAGGGGGAAACAACUGCGGCCGAGAGCAGGAUCCAAGUCCAGCUUAA